GAGGUGGUCGAGAGCCAGCCAAGAGACGUGUCUCAUAGGAGCCGCGUGGAGGCAGCGAGCUCGGAGCUGCGAACGGCAGCAACGAGGAGGGAAGAAGUGGAGGAGGAAGGGCUCGUGUGGAUAUUCCUGUGCCUUCUGCCCUGGGCCUCUGGCCUGGACUUUGACCCGUACGCCGUCCUGGGGGUGGCUCGCUCCGCACCCCAGAGCGACAUCAAGAAGGCUUACAAGGCGCUCGCCCGCGAGUGGCAUCCAGACAAGAACCGGGAUCCGAAUGCGGAAGACCGGUUUGUGGAGAUCACUAAAGCCUACGAGGUCCUCUCCAAUGAGGAGAAGCGUUCACAGUACGACCGGUUUGGCAGCCAGCAUGGCGGAGGGGCUCAGUUCCAGCAGGGCGGCCACUUCCAUCAUCACGACCCGUUCUCCUCCUUCUUCGCACAUCCCUACUUCAGCUCCUUCUUCCAAGAGGAUGAGAGGCUGGACGGAGAGGAGCAGGUCGGAUGGCGCGCGUACGAGGGAAGGCUGCUCAAGGCGAGCUCCCAGCGGCCUUUCAUGCUGCGUGUGACGUCACGAGCCUGCCUCGCCUGCCGACAAAUGCUGCCCAUGUGGAGGAGCACGGCUCCGACGCUGCUUGGCUAUGGCGUGGGCGUGGGCAUGGUUGACGGGGACGUGGAUGCGCGCCUGGUGAUGAGGCUGGGCGUGCGCACGGUCCCCGCCGUGGUCGCGGUCCUGUCGGGGAAGAGCCACGUGUUCUCUGGGACGCUCUCCCGCGACUCGCUGCUCUCUUACCUCGACUCGCUGCUGCCGUCCCAGCUCGUGCAGACGGUUGACGCCGACUCAAUCGAGCCGUUCCUGCAGGGUGCCGUGAGUGACAGCAAGCCGCGCGCUCUGCUCUUCUCCGCACGCACGACACCGUCCCUGCUUUACAAGCUCACGGCAUUCGCGUACCAGGACCACGUGCGGUUCGGGUUCGCCUCCGGCUCCGGGGGACACCACAGGGAGACUCUGCGCCGCUUCGGGGUGAACGCGUUCUCCCCGACGCUGCUGCUCUUCAAAGAGAGCCCCGUGGAGCCCGCCGACAUCCUGCAGACGAAAGACAUCAACAGGGAAGCUCUGGAUGAAAUCAUCUCGAGGAACAAGUUCUUGGUGGUUCCCCGACUGACCAGUCAGAAGGUCUUUGAGGAGCUGUGCCCUGCUCGAGGAGCCUACCAGCAGAACAGGCCGUGCGUGGUUCUGGUGUCGGAAGACUUGGCGCUCAUCUCUGGGCUUCUGAAUGCAGCCUCCAUGCAGGCCAAGGCGCAGUUUACCCACGUGUCGCGGGACACGCAGGCCGACUUCACGAGGGCGCUCGCCAACGCCGUGGGCGCAACCGGGGAGAACAGCGUAAUUGCCGUUUGGCGAGAGAGUCCGUCUGGCAGGGCUGCUUGCGAGCUGGUGGCCGACCACUGGAAGGGCCUGGAAUGGGAUGUGCACUUCUUGCUGGAACGCGUCGAUGACAUCGUCGGCAGAGGAAUGAAAAAGCUCCCUUACUUGGCCACGUUGCCACGUCUACACGACGAGAACACUCCGAAUAUAAUCGUUCGUUGGUAUCGUGCACUUGAAGAUACACUUUCGGAAAUUUGGUCAGAAAUGCGUCUGAUCCGAUGGCGGGAGCUCAUGCCAGUACUCUCCCUCGUCUUCUCUGUUAUCUUUGUGCUUUUUGGAACCUUCAUCAUCAAUGCUUUCAGUGACACACCCAGCAGUGGCAGGGAGAGGGAACGGAGGCAGAGCCCUCAGAGUUUAUCACGGCCUGCAACCUCCUCGCACACUCCGCCAGGCGGAGAGAACUUGGAACUCACGGAGCUGACGGGCGACCUUUACUCGAGCUACUUGGGUGGCCUUCGUCCGGGUCACAUGACCGUGCUACUGGUUGCCAUGGCACCGCAUCACUAUCUCUCAGUGUUCGCCUCCAUCAUGAAACCGUUUUCCCGCAACCGCUACCUGCACUUUGGCUUUGUAUCUCUGAAGAAGCACGCCGACUGGGUGAACGCGGUUCUCUCUGCCGCGGGAUGCGAGUCCCUGCCAGGGUGCGACCCUGCCGACAUCACGCUGAGGAACGCGCCUGUGUGCGUGAUCGCCAUCAAUCCGCACCGCCGGUACUUCUGCAUCAUGCGCUCAAACCUGGAGUCGAGGAUAUCGCAGCAGGCCAGCACGGACGAUGACAAGAUGGCUUUUGCUGUCAUGAAUAAAGUUUUGAAAGAUGAACGUCGUCGCUCCUCUCCAGCAUCGUCGUCUGACCCCGGAAACGACAAAUCUGCUCGUGAGCAGUCGGCAGGCAUCUCCGCAGGCAGCUUAUUCCGGCCGGAGUGGGCACUGACCGGACUGGACACGUGGAUGGAGCGUCUCUUCGAAGGAACCUUGCCCAGGCACUACGUGUCCAAUUUGCCCGGCAUGUAGUCUUGAAGUACACUUCAAACGAGCGUUCUUGUCUUUCAAUUCUAAAGUCAGCGUGUGAAUGUUUUUGGCAGACAUUUCCGUCACGGUGGUCGUCUCCCAUCUUUUUUUUUAACAGUACCGUUACACGAUACAGCGUGCGUUUAAAUUUAACGUCCAUAUCAGCAACGGUUGGGCACAUACGGUGCGAAAGAAGUUCAACAUGCAUACAUGCCAUCUCCAGAUGCUCCACUGAAACGGCGGGGCGUGUUUAAUUUGUAGAACGAGGCGCACUCGGUCAUCAUAAGGAAGUUUUUGAGUCUCACGAUUUUCCUGCAGAGGGAUUUACUACUCUCGGUCAUAUUUAUAGGGAAUGCCCGCAAAAAUGUUGAUUCAUCCGAACAUUUUUUCAAAAACAAGAGGCUGUAGGAAGUUAUAAGGAUGGCCAAAUAAUAUGAGCAAUAAUAUCAAUAAUAAGAGAGGAGACUGGUGUGAGGAAGAGAGGGAAAGGGAAGGGGAAAGCCAGGUCCAGGACUGGCAGAGCGGACAAAUGUGGGGGGGGGGGUUAUGACGUGUGGUCGAAGAGGUUAAACGGAGAUGACGGAGCAGUUGAGUGCCCGUGACAUAACUUGGUGUUUGUCUGCCCCUGGGUAGAUAUGGGGGGCAGGGGGGGGGGGGCGGUUGUACGACGGGACAGAGGAACGUGAUGUACACGGAGGAAGUAUCCAGGCCGCAGUCAUUUUCUGGAUAUAAAACGUGAUUGCGAUGUGCGUCGGUGACGUUCCUCUGUCCCACUUUCACAUCUCGUCGCAAUCCAGGAGCAGACGAACGCAAAGUCACGUCACGAGACGAGCACCAAAGUUUGUCGCAAUUAUAGGGGCUCUUUGGGAUGCAGCCACGCUCCCAAGGGACACCUUCACCGAGGCGCUUCACCUGCGCAGUGGCCUUGCGUACCUUUGCGGAGCAUCUGUGUUCAAAUAAUCACGGCGACAAUUCCAAAAGCGCCUGUCACUCGGCAAGCCAGUUACUGCGAGGGCGCUCGCAAGUGACAAAACGUUUGUCAUCAGUCCAUUGUAAUGGGAAAUCGAUGUAGUGUCUUGUCACCUGCGGCUGUUCAAACAGGUGGGUAGUUUUGAGUGAGUUUGUAUGAGAUGGUGGCGACUCAGCGGCUCACCUUGUCUUGCUUAAGAAUGGUGCAAGGUAGAGGGAAACCAUUUUCUAAUCCAUAGUCAUUUUAUCGAUGAAAUGCCCUUUUUAAGUAAAAAUUUUGGGGAAUUAUAAGAACAGUCGUGGCAAUGGCUAAAGCCAGAAAUGUAUUGGCAAGUCUACUACCCUUGAACAGGAGAUUACGAGAAGAAACAUAGAGGUCAGGGAUAUGAAGUGAAAAAAUUACACAGUGGCGGUGGACUACAAAUUUUAUUGAAAGUUAGAGAGAACAAGUUGUGUCUUUAGUUUAGACUUACAACCAGGGUAGUGGCCUCUUUUAGGCCUCUUUAAAGGCUAAGAGGAACAAACACCAGAAUCGGAGGAUCUCGGAUGCCACGGAGAAGCUUAUGGGGUUAGUAGAGGUAUGCAGGGCUAACGUUGCGAAGGGCUCGGUAGGUGAGAAGCAGAAUUGUGUACUUUGUCCGUGGCUUAUUAGGCAGCUAAUAGAGAACUAGGCAGGUGUGGUGUUAUGUUAUGGUUCUUGCACCAGCUGCAGCCUGUUAGUGCAGCAUUAUUGUGUGCAAAUACAAAUUGGAUGUAAAAAAAUAAUUAUGUUGGUAUAUGGUCAGUUAGCAUGGAAACAUUGAACGGGCACAAGCAUCGUAGAAAAGUAGCUGCAGUGGUUUCUGCCUCGUAAAUGACAGGCGCAAGUCUUCCCAUUAGCGUUCUGCAGAUACAAGUGACCACUGUCAUCCUGCGAUCCACUUUGAAGGUUUUCACGUGUUCGUGUGUGUUCAUGUUUAUGCGGAAAAAUAUAAAUGUAUAUGGGUAAAUAUGGUAUUUAUUUAACGUGAAUAACGUAAAACGUGGUUGAACCGCCUACACCAUGCACAAAAGGCCCGAGGCUAACUUAGCGUGGCCAUUAGAUCCAAGCAGUAAUUGCAGGGAGUCGCUUUUAACGGCAAAAUUCUGAAAAUUUGACAUUCCUGCGGCGGCGAGGUAACCCCCCCCCCCCCCCGCCCAGGCAUGCUGCCGGAGGCGAUCCAGAGGUCGCUGGUUCGAUUUCGCGACGCGGCAGUUGAAAACAACGGGGCAAGUUUCUUUCCAAGCGGAAGUGUAAAACUGAUCAACCGCAGUUAAUCGGUACGUCGCGCGAGCAUUGACAAUUAUUGGAGGCCCUCCCGCCAGCAGGAGCGCAAGUACGCGAUUGUAGGGCUGCACCUUUACCUAAGGUGGCUCCGGCCGUCAUCAGUUUCACUCUUGGUGGAUAGUCGGCACGGCAACGUGUGAACCUGCCUCACUGCUGCGUGCGUGUGACUUUCAGCUGGUACAUCGAACAAAAUAACUCGGCAGCCCGUUAUUAACCUACUGCUACUGCCCUAACACCCUUUUACGGUCAAUGCAUCUCAAGCAUCCAACAUAUAUUUUUAAACACAAAUGGUAGUUACGUUGGAAUAGCUACUGCCCCAAUAACACCGCUUUGAAGCACCAUGCACGAUCGUCCUUGAAGCCUCCAGUCAACUCAUCCCUUGUGCAUGGUGUAGAUGUUUCGUCUGCUAACAAAGUUUGCUGUGAUUUAACAUUGUACAUUUUACACUUGUGGAAAAGAGUCGAUCCAAAAACCGUGUGUCAUCCGUAAUGAAACCGCUGGCUGUAAAUAAAGUGAUGCGGUUUUUUUAAGUUUUAAUGAAA